AUGGAGAGUCAGCCUGAGCCAGUUACAGGAAAACUCCAGAUCUUUCAGACGACGGACAAGGAGCUUCUGGUGAGAGCUGGGUCCCCGGUGCGCGAGUACCACUCUGCGCUGGUCACUGGAGACCUGGACCGCCUGAAGCCCCUCAUGGACCAGUUCUUCCAGGAUGCCGACCUGGUGUUUGAGAUCCACACAGAUGAGAUGGAGUGGCAGGUGAAGUCCCUAACCGCCUUUGGAUUCUCAGCCAGCGCCUGCAGUGGGCAGGCCAGGAAGGCGGGGGCUGGAGAGGAACGUCUCUCCUUGGAGGGUAUCCGGAGCAAGGCCCUGAUGUGCAGCUGUGUACGCAGUCCUGUGACUACCUCCCAGCGAGGGAGGACACGGAGCCUGCUGAGCCUCCUCUCUCUACCUGUCCCAAACGGGGUGCAGGCGUCUCCUCCGAAGGGCCGCAGUGGCAACUCAACCAACAAGGCCAGCGGCUUUGCUGCUGCUGCUGCCAGCACGUGCCCUUCUGCCUCCACCCACCCCAGGACCCAGCCUGGCUGCUCCAGCCACCUGUCCUCUGGGGUGAGUCUCCAGCCCAUCUGCCACCAUGUCUACUCCAAGGAGGCAAGGUGCGCGCAGGCGCUGCUGGAACAUGGGGCCUCGGUGCACCUGGCGGACGGCGCGGGCCGGGACACGCCGCUGCACGUGGCGGCGCAGUGCGGCCUGGAUGAGCACGCGCGCCUCUACCUGAGCCGCGGGGCACGCGUGGACGCGCGGGCCGCCGCGUGCGCGCCCGAGCCCGCGCUGCCGCAGCGGACGGUGCAGGCGCUGCUCAACCAAGGCUCCCCCAGCGUGUGGCCCGACGCCUUGCCCAAGGUGUUGAAGACCUGUGCGUCUGCCCCCGCUGUCAUCGAGGUCCUCUUCAACUCCUACCCUCAGCUCCGUGUGUCCGAGUCCUGGAGGGAGGUGAUCCCUGAGGAAGUACUUGAGAUACACCAGCCUUUCUACCAGUCCCUCUUCGCCCUGGCUGGCGCCCCACGCUGUCUGCAGCACCUCUGCCGUUGUGCCAUCCGGAAGCUGUUUGGCAAAAAGUGUUUUCACCUCAUACCCCUGCUACCCCUGCCCAAGUCCCUGCAAAACUAUCUGCUCUUGGAGCCAGAGGGGGUUUUGCGCUGA